AAAAGUAAAAAGGAUGGGAUUUUCCCUACUUUUAGGCUGUAUCAGCCAUUCCCUCAUCACCCUUUCCCUUUACGAAAGCUCUAUCUUCCUUCAUUUCAUCAAAAACCCGAGAUUUUCAGGUUUUUCGAUUACUUCCCCUUCAUAUUGCCUCUACCCAACAUCAAAAUCAGUAUGGGUUCUUCCGUUCGAUUGUUUAACAGGCAGAGAACUGUUCAUGAGAUCCUUGGAGGAGGAAUUGUUGCAGAUGUGAUGCUAUGGAGAAGAAAGAAUUUGACAAUUGGGAUUCUCUUUGUUACUGCUGCUGCUUGGAUUGUUUUUGAGAGAUCAGGCUAUACCCUGCUUUCUUUGAUUUCUAGAGUUCUUCUUUCAUUACUUGCAAUUCUCUUUGUGUGGGCAAAAGCUGCAUCAGUUCUUAACAGGCCACCUCCACCUUUGCCAGAUUUGCAACUCUCAGAAGAACUAGUGGAGGAGUCUGCUGCUUUCAUACGUUCACAGACAAAUUAUUUUCUCAAGGUUUCACAGGAUAUUGCCCUUGGAAAGGACUCGAAGCUCUUUUUCAAGAUCGCUGCUUAUCUAUGGCUAAUCUCAGUCAUAGGGAGCUGGACUGAUUUCCUCACUCUAGGAUACACAAGCCUCGUCUUGGUUCUCACUGUCCCAGCAUUGUACGAAAAGUAUGAAGAUCACAUUGAUACAUAUGCAGAGAAAGCCUACACAGAGUUGUUGAAACUCUAUGUAAAACUAGAUGAAGAGUGCUUCAGCAAGAUCAGGAAAUGGAUUCAGGCAAAGAGGAAAUCAGAAUAAUAUCCUAUAUUUUUGUGAUUUCACAAAAAAACGAGAUUGGUUGGUUUCAUGAUGCAGAAUCUUGAUUGUAUUUUUUGGGUGGUUUCUUUUUCAUGUUUUGCGGAAGAAUUUGGAGUUUUGAUUGUUUUUGAGUGAUUGAUUUCGGGUGUAUGCACCUCUGUUUAUUUCCUCUUUUCUUUUUCUUUUUACUCGUGGGUAGUUGGAGAAAUGUAGUUUGCGCGUUACUAAUUUAGAGAGAGCUUGUAAAGUUUGUUUUUUUAUUAUUAGAGAGGUUGUGAAGUUCUGUUAUUGUUUUGUGGAGGGGUGCAUUCUUUUUUAGUGAUGAAUGCCCUGUGAUUUCUUAGGGUUCUCUGGGUGUUGGUGAUGUAUUGUGUAUGAAAUUAUUUGGAAGAUACAUAUGAUUAAACGGCUGUGAACCUCUUUUGUUGUAUUUUGGAUUACAUAACCAAUAAAAGAGGAAGAAGAGAGAGAGAGAUGCUCUUCCUUUGCA